CCUCGCCUCCAAGGAUUAGUAUCAGAAUCCAGUCAAGACAAAGCCGAUGCAGCCUAUGAUCCUAGUCCCGCCGGCCAAGUGGAAAUGCAGCCGAGCCAACAUCGAACGCAAAUUGCUACCACCGCUGUACCCGCCGCAACAGCACCAGAGGAUAGCGUUUGCCAACGAUCAGAAGCCAUCACACAAAAUACUUUCGCCAGUUCCGCAAAUUUGCCCACCCAAGAAAGCGUUGUUCAGACCCUGCUUAAACAAAUUGCCUCUCUUGAAUGUCAACUUAAAAGCGUGCAAGUCAGAGCUAAGGAAAGCGAUUCACAAUGCCUCGCGUUAAGGGAGGCACUCCAGCAGCGCACUUCCAAGGAUGACACAACGGCCAUAUCAUACGCCGUUCCAAGCACCAGUGCAAUUACCGGCUCAGUUGGCUGCUACAUUGAGGGCGCUAAUAACACAAUGAUGCCGAGACCUGAUAAUGAAGCAUCCACCGCCUUGUAUAGUAGUUUGACCACCAAUACAGUCUCUGCAUCGCAUGGGUUUCCCGCCAUGACUCAUCAAGCCGCUACUUUUAAGGUACCGUACAUUAACAAUAGGUCUGCUACUUAUGAAGCCGUUACUCCUGUCUUUACAAGUGCCGCUAACUCGUCCGCCGUUGUCGCCAGCUCUAUGGCUGUCCCUGUCACGCAGCCGUCGUCCUCUAAUGCAGGUUUGAGCGAUUUUCAACCAAUUAGCGGCAUUCAUCAACGCGCCAGAGUAACGAGUGAGCAUCCGCCGUCAUGUUCGCUAUUGCUACCAACGAGAGCGCCUUUCGCUUCAUCAUCAGCGUCGCCUUUGCCAGAUGCAGGAAUGCCUGGGAUAACGCCUACAUUCAACAACGUCCUACAUGGAAAUACGGCACUAGCACCGCGCAAAUUGCAGGACUUGCCUGAAUUCAACGGCCAUCCAGAGGAUUGGCCUUUGUUUCAUACAGCGUUCAUACAGUCUACAGCGGUAUAUGGCUACACAAAUUUAGAGAACAACCAGCGCUUGCAGAAAAGUCUGAAAGGGGAAGCUCGUGAUACUGUGCAGGCGUUAUUGAUCCAUCCAGACAAUGUAAAUGCCAUCAUUGAGCAGCUAAGGUUUCGUUUUGGUCGCCCCGAACAACUUAUUCGUAGCCAACUGUCGAUCAUCAAAGAUAUACCAUCUGUGCCCGAGUCCAAUUUAGUGAAGCUGAUUCCGUUUGCUACUAAAGUACAAAAUCUUGUCGCGUUUUUGAAAUCGGCGAACGGUCAUCAGCAUCUGGUGAACCCGACGUUGAUGGAGGAGCUGGUCAAUAAACUGCCAAUGAGCAAGAGAAUCGAGUGGGCCAGGUUUGCAUCAGUGAUUCAGCCGUACGCAACCAUAGUACACUUUAGUGAAUGGCUAACUCAGACUGCGAAUCUCAUAUGCACUGUGCAAAGUUUCGAUAGCAAAGAAACAAUAAAACGUCGUGUAGUAUUAUAUGCCACAGAAAACCAGCGUGAAAAACAUUCGACACCAACCUUGAAAUGUGUAAUCUGCCAACACGGUCACAAGUUAGCGGAUUGUCAACGCUUCAUUAAAAUGACAGUACCUGAUCGUUGGACUGAAGCUAAACGUCACCACCUAUGUUUUUCCUGCCUCCAUGCUGGACAUUCUACACGGGAUUGCCGUCGCCGAAAGACCUGUACUCUAGAUGGCUGUAAAAGAGUGCAUCACAAGCUCCUACACGAUUCGACUCAGAAGUCAGCUCCAGUACCAGAACCGUCUCCAGCACUUGCAGAUCUACCAAAUCAAGGUAAUAAACAAUCAGUCUUGAGUUGCAGCAACAAUUUAGUAAAAAACAAGCUGUUAUUCCGUAUCUUGCCUGUGACGCUCUAUGGUAAGGACAAAAGCGUCAACACUUAUGCUUUGCUCGACGAAGGUUCGUCUGUCACUCUGAUUGACAGUGCUUUAGUACAGGAGCUGGGGUUACGUGGCCAUCAGCGCAAGCUACAUGUUCAGUGGUUCGGAGGUCGGGCAGCUGAAAAACUCAGCCAAGUCGUCAACUUGUUCAUCAGUGGCACAGGAAUGGAGAAGAGACAUCAUCUGCGUAACGUCCAUAGCGUGUCGAAUUUGUGUUUGCCAUCACAAAGCGUGAGUAAAGAAGACCUCAAAUCAUUAACCCACAUGCGGCAGUUGCCGUUGGACCCAUAUAGUGGUGCCGUGCCAAAAUUGUUACUAGGCCUCGACCACUGCCAUUUAGGUCUGCCUACGGAAGUCCUGAGGAUUCAUUGCACUGGACCAUACGCCGCUAAUACCGAGCUUGGCUGGACUGUAUUUGGUCCAACAGUAAAUGCUCAGCCCAAAGUACAACGAUGUCUUUUAGUCAAACAAACCAGCGACCAAGACCUUCACGACCUGGUGGCUGAUUAUUUCACCAUAGAAAGCUUCGGAGUGAAACCAGCGCCCCCUGUUGAAAGUGCAAAUGACACCCGCGCGAAAGCAAUCUUACAUACAACAACGCGUCGAGUAAACGGAAGGUACGAAACAGGGCUCUUGUGGAGGAGUGACGACAUUAUUCUGCCAGAAAGUUACUCAAUGGCAUACAGGCGACUUCUUGGCAUCGAAAGGAAAAUGCAGCGUGACAGCACCUUUGCAGAAUCUUACAAAGAAAUAAUGAACUCUUACAUCGUGAAGGAUUACGCCCGCAAACUCCAGCCAGAAGAGAUAUCCUCGGUACAAAACAAAACAUGGUAUUUGCCGCACUUCGACGUGGUUAACCCUAACAAGCCACGGAAAUUGAGGCUGGUCUUUGAUGCCGCUGCUGUAGCACAUGGUGUGUCACUGAAUGCUCAUCUCCUGAAGGGCCC